GGCCCUGCAGAGGAGGGAGCAAGCCUGUGGUCCAGAGUGUGCUGCCAUGGCAGCUUCAGAGCUGGCGGGAUGGGCAACAUUCCAGGCAGUGGGGACAGCAUAUGUGACGGCCCAGAGGGGAGAAAUAACAUGGCAGGUUUGGGCAACUGUGGGCUGGCCAGGUGAGAGCCGCUGGCAGGUAGGGCUGGCUCUGGAGGAUAGCCCAGCCCUGAGUGCAUCGCAGGUGGGAGGCCUCCCUGACGUGGUGCCAGAGGGGACACUGCUCAACAUGGUGUUAAGGAGGAUGUACCGGUCCCGAAGCUGCUCCUACCAGCUGCUGCUGGAGCACCGGCGCCCAAGCCGCAUCCAGGGGCUUCGCUGGACACCACUCACCAACAGCGAGGAGUCCCUGGAUUUCACUGUGAGCCUGGAGCAGGCCUCCACAGAGCGGGUGCUCAGGGCUGGAAAGCAGCUGCAUCGGCACCUCCUGGCCACCUGCCCGAACCUCAUCCGAGACCGAAAGUACCAUCUUAGGCUCUACCGGCAGUGCUGCUCUGGCCGGGAGCUGGUGGAUGGCAUCUUGGCUCUGGGACUUGGGGUCCACUCCCGGAGCCAAGCCGUGGGAAUCUGCCAGGUGCUGCUGGAUGAAGGUGCCCUCUGCCAUGUGAAACACGACUGGACCUUCCAGGACCGGGAUGCCCAAUUCUACCGGUUCCCUGGGCCAGAGCCAGAGCCCACGGGAGCUCAUGAGAUGGAGGAGGAGUUGGUUGAGGCUAUGGCCCUGCUCUCGCAGCGGGGGCCUGAUGCCCUGCUCACAGUGGCACUUCGAAAGCCCCCAGGACAGCGCACAGAUGAGGAGCUGGACCUCAUCUUUGAGGAGCUGCUGCAUGUCAAGGCUGUGGCCCACCUCUCCAACUCGGUGAAGCGGGAGUUAGCUGCAGUUCUGCUCUUUGAGCCCCACAGCAAAGCAGGGACCGUGUUGUUCAGCCAGGGGGACAAGGGCACCUCGUGGUACAUUAUCUGGAAGGGAUCUGUCAACGUGGUGACCCACGGCAAGGGGCUGGUGACCACGCUGCACGAGGGAGAUGACUUCGGACAGCUGGCUCUGGUGAACGAUGCACCCCGGGCAGCCACCAUCAUCCUGCGAGAAGACAACUGUCAUUUCCUGCGUGUGGACAAGCAGGACUUCAACCGCAUCAUCAAGGACGUGGAGGCAAAGACCAUGCGGCUGGAAGAACAUGGCAAAGUGGUGCUGGUGCUGGAGAGAGCCUCUCAGGGCGCUGGCACCACGCGUCCCCCAACCCCAGGCAGGAACCGGUAUACGGUGAUGUCUGGCACACCAGAGAAGAUCCUAGAGCUUCUGCUGGAGGCCAUGCGGCCGGAUUCCAGUGCUCACGACCCCACAGAGACGUUCCUCAGCGACUUCCUCCUGACCCACAGCGUCUUCAUGCCCAGUGCCCAGCUCUGCGCUGCCCUCCUGCACCACUUCCAUGCGGAGCCCGCGGGAGGCAGCGAGCAGGAGUGCAGCACCUACAUCUGCAACAAGAGACAGCAGAUCCUGCGGCUGGUCAGCCAGUGGGUGGCCCUGUAUGGCUCCAUGCUCCACACUGACCCUGUGGCCACCAACUUUCUGCAGAAACUCUCAGACCUGGUGAGCAGGGACACGCGGCUCAGCAACCUGCUGAGGGAGCAGUGGCCGGAGCGGCGACGGCACCACAGGUUGGAAAAUGGCUGUGGCAAUGCAUCUCCGCAGAUGAAGGCCCAGAAUGUGCCUGUUUGGCUCCCCAGCCAGGAGGAGCCCCUCCCCAGCAGCAAUUGUGCCAUCCAAGUUGGGGACAAAGUCUCCUACGACAUCUGCCGGCCAGACCACUCGGUGCUGACUCUGCAGCUGCCUGUGACGGCCUCGGUGAGGGAGGUAAUGGCAGCCUUGGCCCAGGAGGACGGCUGGACCAAGGGGCAGGUGCUGGUGAAGGUCAAUUCUGCAGGCGAUGCCACUGGCUUGCAGCUAGAUGCCCGCGGUGUGGCCACAUCCCUGGGGCUCAAUGAGCGGCUCUUUGUUGUUAACCCACAGGAAGUGCAUAAGCUGACCCCACACCCUGAGCAGCUGGGGCCCACUGUGGGCUCGGCUGAGGGGCUGGACCUGGUGAGCGCCAAGGACCUGGCAGGCCAGCUGACGGACCACGACUGGAACCUCUUCAACAGUAUCCACCAGGUGGAGCUGAUCCACUACGUGCUGGGCCCCCAGCAUCUCCGGGACGUCACCACUGCCAACUUGGAGCGCUUCAUGCGCCGCUUCAAUGAGCUGCAGUACUGGGUGGCCACAGAGCUGUGUCUCUGCUCGGUGCCCGGCCUGCGGGCCCAGCUGCUCAGGAAGUUCAUCAAGCUGGCGGCCCACCUUAAGGAGCAAAAGAAUCUGAAUUCCUUCUUUGCUGUCAUGUUUGGCCUCAGCAACUCGGCCAUCAGCCGCCUGGCCCACACCUGGCAGCGGCUGCCGCACAAAGUCCGGAAGCUGUACUCUGCCCUCGAAAGGCUGCUGGACCCCUCGUGGAACCACCGGGUGUACCGCCUGGCCCUGGCAAAGCUCUCCCCACCCGUCAUCCCCUUCAUGCCCCUCCUUCUGAAAGACAUGACCUUCAUCCACGAGGGAAACCACACGCUAGUGGAGAAUCUUAUCAACUUUGAGAAGAUGCGCAUGAUGGCCAGAGCCGUGCGGAUGCUGCACCACUGCCGAGGCCACAGCAGCGUGCCUCUCUCGCCACUCAGAAGCCGGGUUUCCCACCUCCACGAGGACGGCCAGGCGUUGAGGAUCUCCACGUGCUCGGAGCAGUCCCUGAGCACCCGGAGUCCAGCCAGCACCUGGGCUUAUGUCCAGCAGCUGAAGGUCAUCGACAAUCAGCGGGAACUGUCCCGCCUCUCCCGGGAGCUGGAGCCAUGA